CUGCGCGUGCUCCACGCCCCUCGUUCCCGCCUCCCGGGAAGCGCUCUCGCCUGAGCAGGGCCGGGGGUUCCUGGGGCGCCCCCGAGCGGAAGGUGGUGGGGAAGAAGGAGGAUUUGCAACGAUACCUCGGUGAGGAGGCGGCGGCGGCGGCGGCGAAGGAGGAGGAGUAGGAGGGCCCGGGCCGGCCAGGCCCCGCCCCGCGCCCCGGGCCGUGCAGCCAGGCCUCACAGUGCAGCCGCCGUCCCCUCCCUCCCAGCCCGCGCUCUUCCCUGCUCGCUAACGUUACUUAUCCCGGGAAAGCUCGCGCGGGGCCGGCGAGCGGACCCACAGACUAAAAGUGAAACUGGAGCGCGGCCGGGCGGCUGACGGCUGGUGGGUGCCUUUCCCCUUCCUGCCGUCGCCACCCCCUCCCCGAGAGCUGCAGGCAGACGGCAGGCGUCGGGAUUCCUGGCUUCUCGGGCACGCACCUGACAAGGUGAGCAGAUUCCUUAUGAAGAGGCUCUUCCAAUGGGUACAAAGCCAUUUUCUGGUGCAGUGGUGAUUUCUCCACAAAUAUCUUUUGAGAAACAAAUCUAGAGGACGAGAUGAAAGAAGUAAUGGCGAAUUCUCAGGAAUUGCUGACCUUCAAGGAUGUGGCCAUAGAAUUCUCUCAGGAGGAGUGGGGAUGCCUGAACCACAGCCAGCAGGAACUGUACAGGGAUGUGAUGUUAGAGAACUACGGACACCUCCUCCUCUUGGGUCUUGUGUCAAAGCCAGACCUGGUCAACUUUUUGGAGCAAAAGAUGGAGGCUUGGGAUGUGAAUAGAAGGGGUACAGUAGCCACUCACCCAGCUGUAUCUUCACAUGACAUGCUGAGCUUCCUGCUAAAGUCAUGCAUAGAAGUAUCUUUUCAAAACAAGUCAAUGGGAGGAUGUAAACACAAUACCCUUGAGAAUUUACACUUAAUGACAGAUGGAGACAAUGAUGGUGAGAGUGCAAGGCAUCAAGGAUAUCAUGAAGGACAUACCCAAACUGAGACAAGUGCCCAUAAUAAGAAUCUCACUGCCCCAAAUGGUGACGAAUACAAAGCAUUUUGGAUAAACUUCCUUUUUAAAUCCAGUACUUCAGCAGCACAGUGUGUUUCUGUAAGCAAAAACUCAAAUCAAGUAUUCAAACAUACAUAUUUAUGGAAUGAAAAUUUAGAAAAUGUGGAAACUUACCUAGUCCAUACUGAAAAUAAUUAUUUGAACUAUUUUGAAAAUAGGAUUGCAUUGACUUUUCAGUCCAUUAUUUCUGAAAGUCAGAGAUAUAAAAGUGAAGGAAAAAGUUCUAAGUGGCAUGAAUUUGGGAGGUCCUUCACAGAGCAGUUGAUCCCACAAACUUACCAGAGCAUUUAUAAUAAAGACACAAUUGCUCAAUGUAGUCAAUCUGUGAAAAGAUUUAACCACACCUCAAAUGUUAACAAAUGUCUCAGGAAUCAUUUUCCAGAGAACCAUUUUGAAUAUAAUAAAUGUUGGAAAGACUUUUAUCCAAGUUCAAAACUUAUUAUAUAUAAUAAAAGUAAGCAUAUAGGAGCGAAUUCUUAUAAAUAUAAUGAAAAUGGGAAAGCUCAUAACCAGUUCUCCAAUGUUGGAGAUCAUCAGAGGACUGAUGUGGGAAAAGACUCAUACAGAUGUCAUAAAACUGGGAACAUGUUUAGUCACUCAUCAAGACUAACUAUACAUAAGACAGUUGAAACUAGAGAUAAUAGGUACAUUUGUAAGGAAUGUGGCAAAACCUUUGACUCACACUCAAAACCAACUCAACAUCAGCGAAUACAUACUGGAGAGAAGCCUUACAAAUGUGAAGAAUGUGGUAAAGCCUUUAAAGAUGCCUCUUCCCUAACUGGACAUAGGCGAAUUCAUACUGGAGAGAAACAUUACAAAUGUAAAGAAUGUGGCAAGGCCUUUACACAUCGCUCAAGCCUUACUCAGCAUCACAGAAUUCAUACUGGAGAGAAACCAUACAGGUGUAAAGAAUGUGGCAAGGCCUUUAACCAGUACUCAAAAGUUAUUCAACAUCACCGAAUCCACACUGGAGAGAAGCCUUACCAAUGUAAAAAAUGUGGCAAGGCCUUUAACUUGCACUCAAACCUUACUCAACAUCACAGGAUCCACACUGGAGAGAAACCUUACCAAUGUCAAGAAUGUGGCAAGACCUUUAGCCAGCACUCACACCUUACUCAACAUCACAGAAUUCAUACUGGAGAGAAACCUUACCAAUGUAAAGAAUGUGGCAAGACCUUUAAGAGGCACUCAAACCUUAUUCAGCAUCACAGAAUCCAUACUGGAGAGAAACCUUACAAGUGUAAAGAAUGUGGCAAGGUCUUUAAUGGUUAUUCACAACUGACUAUUCAUCACAGAAUCCAUACUGGAGAGAAACCUUAUGACUGUAAAAAAUGUGGCAAGGCCUUUAAACACCAAUCAAACCUUACUCAGCAUCACAGAAUCCAUACUGGAGAGAAACCUUAUGACUGUAAAGAAUGUGGCAAGGCUUUUAAUCAGCACUCAAACCUUAUUCGACAUCAAAGAAUUCAUACUGUAUAGAAAUCUUAAAAAUGAAAGAAUGUUGCCAAGGCCUUUACCCAGGACUCAAGCCUUACUCAUCCAUCACAGAGUUCAUCCUGGGGAAAAUCAUUACCAAUGUAAAAAAUGUGGACAGGCCUUUAAUCAUUGUUCCACCUUUAGUCAUUAUCAGAAUUCAUACUGGAGCAAACCUUACAAAUUUUAAGACUGAGAAUUUGUAAGGACUGUCCAACUCUUACUCCACCUCAGAGAAUUAAUAUUGAAGAGUAAUGAUACACAUGUAAAGACUGGCGAGACGUCUAAGCUGUGUAAUCCCUGAUUCCUGAUCAGAGGAUGUGUCCUUGAGAUGAUUUUAUGAUAUAAAAAUUUUGGCAAGCCCCUUAAUCCAUGUCAAUCGACACCAGAGAAUUCAUACUAGGUGGGUACUCUAUAAAUACAAAAAAAAUGUGGUAACAUUUUCAGACUGCUUCAGCCUUAUUUAGCACCACAGAGUUCAUACCGAGGUGAAACAUUACAAAAGUAAAGAAAGUGACAAACCUCUAGCUGAAACUCACACUGCACUUAACAUCAUAGUUAUGAUACAAGAAAAAAAAACCUGUAAAAUGUAAAGAGUGGCCCAGCCUUUAAUUGCCAUUCAAUCGUUUAUCAUGAGAUACUCCAAAAUGACACUUGGUUGAAUCCCUACAAAUGUAAUGAAUGAACAAAGACCUUUAUUUUAAAUAUAAACUUUAGAAAACAGAGGAAAAAAAUAAUGUAACUUUCAAGAUAUAAAUACUUAGAAAUGUAUUUAAUUGAACAUCAAAUGUCACAAAUUCGCAGUAGAAAGCAACAUAUUCAGACAUUACAUCAAAAGAUUUAUAAGGAAUAAUGUGAAGUUCAACACUUAGAAAAUGUAUAUGCUAUUUUGCUUCAAAAGAUAGAAGAGAGAUUUUUGCAUAGGUAUAAUUUCAAUAUGUUUCUGUUUUACAUUGACCCUCUUUAAGAUUUGCGACUAGCACAUAUUAAUGUAUUUCUAGUUUCAUAUUACUUUAGAAAAUUCAUUUAUUCCUAGGGGGUGUGAGAAAGUUUGCAUCUGAUCGUUGCUGCAUCAAAGAUAUGAGAUGCCCUUCCGUAGGUGGGACUCAGGCAUAUCUAAAUUUUUAUGGAAGAUGAAGGACAAUACAAUGUGCAGUAUAUGUAGAAAAUCUAAAUGCAGAUGCUAUUUCUGGUUAUAACAUUUAUGGAUUUUAUAGCAAAAUAGUUGUUCACAGCAUCAUCCUUCUCCAUUUAUUAAAACUAAACAAGUUUCUCAAUAUUAGAAAUAAAAUUCUUACUAAUUGGUCUUUAAGGAAAAAGAGGUGGCAGUCUAGUAACGUAUUGAUGAAACUUCAUAAUAACCACAGAAGUAGAGAAUAUGAAUCGAUGCUGUUGAAAUGAAAUCUUCACAGAUAUCUGAAAGAGAAUAGGUAACCUUCCCUAAAAUGGCAUUGGAUUGUACAUUCACAUUUUUUAAUAAUUACUUCAGGUUUGGAAGAAGUUUAGUAUGCAAAAUUAAACUGUUAACAACUGAAA